AUGAACAACGGUGUUUGCCUCUCCGGUAUCAGGCCAAUCUUCCAAGAAGCUAGUCUAACUUUGCCCAGCGCCAUUCCACCUACGCAGGGAAACUAUUUCCAGAGGCUCAACGAAUUGCUAAAGCUCAUUGUUUCGGCCGUCCAAGAGGAAUCUCGAGAUAAGGCCGCCUUCAGGACUCGGCAGCAUAUGGAGCUCGCCCCGAUGCAGAUAUACUCAUCCCCACUUCUGUUCAGUCCUACUCACAGUUUAAUGGUUACCCGUUUUAAUACCAAAUUGUCUCGGCAUAAAACGCCACGCCACGACGAUGAGGAGAAAGGUAAUGAUGAUUACUAUGGCGAAAAUCCAGAGCUGCUUGAUAAUGAUGAGAAUGGCGGAGUGUCUUUAGGUGAUGAUAGCUCGUCGUCUUCGUCAGAAGAUGACCAAUUCGCAUAUUCGCCCAAUAUGUCGACGAUAUAUCUUCUGGAAUCCUCACAAAGAUAG